UCGUUUGUUCUUCCCCAACAUUCAGCGCUCAGCGCCUAGCUCAACUACUAGACUGUCGUCUACAACAGAUAUCUUUGCUAUUGAGGCGUACCCUAACCUUCCGGGUCGGAUACGGCCAACAAACUACCAUUCUGCCCGGGCAUGGAGAAUGAUCCAGGGUCGGUCGCUGAACAACGCGCCAAUGCGGUCGCGAAGCUCAAACGCGCUGCAUCUUUACCACGACUGAAAAACGGGAGGCGGCCCCAGAUGCACAACGAAGUUGUUAGCGAAGGCGAGAAAACCCUGCAUGACGACGUCCAGGAUCCAUCGCAGGACACGCUCCCCGAAUGCGUCUCUAAUAUUGACUACAAGCCGGAUGUCCAGCCCGAAGAGAACCUAGACACACCUGAACCGUCUAACGUAACUCGCAAACGCCGCUCACGUUCACGUUCACGCUCUAGGGGUUCCAAGGAUCUCAGAAAGUUCAAACCUCCCCAGUCUCCUCUGCCAAUGUCUGUUACGCCGAGCAAUGAUUCUUCACCUGACGAUUCACCCCCCUCGCGAGCUGAAUACCUUCCACACUCAAUUCUCGCACCAAUACCCUCCCAUCUCAAUCCGUUACCCACUUCUCCGUUCAUCUUACCUGGUUUCUUAACACCAGAGAGCCCUUUUCUACCUUCUGGUAGUUCUUCUCCUGUCCCAAGAUUUCCCACAUUGGAGGCUUUGGUGUCACAGCAAGGGCUUCAACGAUCGAAUAGUGCAGGUGCAGCCCGCAUGCUAACUCUACAGAGCACAUUACAAAAGCUCACGGGUGGCACGGAAUUAAUCAAUUCGACAUUUCCAUCCCCAGCGGUAUCUCCUCCGCCUUCUGGCACUAAACUCGGUCGGAACAAUACUGUGUCUGUACCUGCUCGAAGGCUUAUGAUGGCUCAACUGAACAAGAGGAUGAUAAAAGAGACGGAUAUAGAGGAGGAGGAAGAUCCUCGACCGUUUAGCCCCUCGAAGCGACGCCAGAGACGACGUUCAAAACGUCAGUCCGCUAAUCCUCCUGUGGCAUCAACCACAGAUGAAUCCGAUCUUGUUUCGACUACCAAUGCCACGCCAAACCCCCCAAACAUCCAGCGCACAUCUUCCACCACUCCCAUACCCCCGAUACCAACAUAUCCUCCUAUAACCCCGAGCAUCAACCUCAAUGAAACCAUCAACUCCAGCCGUCAAUCUACCCCCGUACGAGCUGUGCCACCCUCUCACUUUGAUCACGCGGCUAAAAAAAGACGGGAGAGUGUUCUGAUAGAGGAUCCGGAUGACGAGGACCGGAUUCCCCCGCAGUCAACGUAUUAUGGAUUACCAGGCGCUCCGAGUCGGCCAUCUCCUAGCCUUUCCCCUCGCCUUCCUCAUUCAUCAGAUGCCUCCACGGAGUCAGCACUUCCUGAUGUAACGAGUGUGCCAAUAUUCCUGCCCCCCCAUCUUGACAGGACUCCGUCUCGGCAAGCUAGAUUCCCAUCUAGUCCCUUCGCGAGACCUCAUAAGGAGAUAUCAUUAUCAUCCGACCAGGAGGAGGAGCGGGAUCAGGAGGAGGAGGAAUUUUUCCCAACAGAAGCUUUUCGACGGUCUCCAUAUCAUGAUGGUCUUAACCGAGAAAUCAGUUGGGUGGCAGAGCCAGUGCCGGAAACCCCCAUGCCUGUGCACGAAGAGACAGAAGAGGAAGAGGAUGACGAACCACUGCAGGAUGAGCCGUCCCAACAAGUCACCGAAGAUGAAGAUGACCAUCCACCUCCGGAUUCGCCAAGAGAAGGGUUUAAUAACCAGAUCGAGGAACCGUCAUCUCGCGCAUCUUCUGACUCAAAGGAACUUUUGGUGGUGGAAUUAGAGACAUCUCCCGUGCCUACGCCCGCACUCACUUCGCCGACACCCUCCUCAUUUGCCAAUCUGCCUAACACCGCUUCCAUGCUCCGUAACAGUGAUGAAUCGGAUUCCCAACAGUACCCUCAGCGGCUUUCGGUAGCUAUUCGCAUGCACAAGCCUGAGUCAACUGAUCCCCAGACAGUUCGGGCGGAGACUCCUUCCAGGCGCGAAGGUAGCACAUGGAGCAAGAUCGUCCAUACUCUAACGAGGAGCGCUUCAAGUAGCGGACGCCGGGAGAGAAGACAGCAUACCGACUCCAGUAUCAGCCGGGAGAGUCGAACGAGUCUUCCAAGCCCGAAAAUUGAUAAGAACGACAGCAUCAGUUCAGCUACAUACCCACUCGGCCAGCCAUCCUCAGCAUCGACUUCGGUACAUUCAUUGAUCCAAACUGCUCCUCCCAGCAGCGGGGUAUCUCCUUACACACACGAAAAACUUAUGCCUUUCCCCGGGAUCAAGAAGCUGCAAGAGCAAUGGAACCACCGUCAACCUCUCUUUUCGUCUACUCCUGAUAUCAUUCUUUCUUCUAGUAAUACCCCUUCCAAUUCUCCUGAGAUAAAUGGGGAUAGGAAGUUAUCGCACCAGGCAUCAGAUACCCAUCUGUUGCAUAUCUACAAGGCUCAAGCACCACAGCUUUCUGCGUCUGCAUCCACAUCCUCUCAUGAUCACUACCUGCAAGGCAGUCCCCACUCGCCAUCCUCUAUCAUGCUGAAAUCCCUUCCAACCAACCGAGAUGGGCCUUCACAGUCGCCGGUAGGCAACUCACCUCCGACGCCUACGUCUAGGAAGCCAUCACUCUCUGACCUAUUCCGAUUGCGGAAGGAGAAUGAUUUGUCCGCCGAGCUUCAUGAUGAAUGGGUAGAUGUCGAUCGUGACAAAACACGGGGUUCUGUUGGCAAUGGGCAGCUGAAGAAGGCGAAUGGUGAAUUCUCCCCAACCAGCCCAAACAGCAGCUUUAUCCGUGACGAGCUUCAGAAGACGCCACGAGCCAGUAAGAUCGCUAGGCCUAAUAGCCAGCCAUACUCUGCCACAGAUAUGUCUCUAAUACCCGCCACCCCGACAACCCCUUCUCCCCCUGAAUGUCCAUCGUCUACCACACCCGAGCCCUGGUCUUCACUGUCCGACUACCCCCGUCCCACAACAUCCGAAUCUUCUUCGUCCAACACUUCUUCGCAUUAUUCAAAUUACCCUGCAAAAGGUGGCAUACUGUUGGAGCGCUUGAAUGAGAUGUUGGGACGAGGUUCGAGAAGCCCGCCUCCACGAAGGGUUCUACGAUCCUCUCCAGUCUUCCAGGUCGAUCGCUUCCUCUUUCUGUUCAACGACAUUCUUGUCAUUGCUAAACCUCGCCCUGAGGAUUCCGAUACGUUCCUCGAGGUGACGAAGCCUAAUCCUGCUGAUCGGAAGUUCACCGUCAAGAAUGUGGUAUUGCUACGACAUAUCUGCUUCACUGGCGAGCGUGAGGAGCCGUAUUCAAGAGCCAUCCCAAGAACUCCUGCGGUACAAGCCUUCGUCGAGCAGUUCUCCAUAGACCCGGAUAAUGCAGUCGCGUUGCUCUUCAGCAGCUCGGAUCUUCGUGACGAUCCUGCACUUGCGCAACUCCUGUUCAGAACUCCACAUAUUGACAGGGUGCAGCUCGGUGAUUUUUUGUCGCGGCGUACAAGCCGUGUUGUGCUCAAGCAUUACCUUGACGCCUUCGGGUUUAUUGGAAUGAGGGUGGACAAAGCCCUCCGGCUGUUCCUUCAGUCUAUUCACAUCCCGGAACGGGGCAACCACGGUGUCACUCCUUUCGACGUUCUUCUCGAGUCGUUCGCGAAUCGGUGGUAUGAGGCUAAUGCAGUCCACAUUUCUUACGACAAAGAUUUGGCCUUACGUUUCACGAGAGCCAUCGUGCAGCUGAAUGACGUCUUGCAUGGUGCUAUCUCUCAUGAGCCGGGUCAAAUGGGACAUCCCAAAAGAAACAUUACUGCAAGAGACUUCCUUGAAGCCUUCCGACGUCAUGACAAUCGCUUGUCGGACGAGUUAUUGGGGGAUGUAUAUGACUCCAUUCGUCGUGAGCGCCUGUGCCAAGCGCGCAACCCAACGUCUGGCGGCCCACCAGAGAUCACUGUCACUUUCAAACGCUCACUUCCUCCACGACUCACCUACCGGGUCCAGUCAGAGCCAGUCGUCAUCCGUAUCCCACAACCAGAUCCACAGUUCAGUAUUGAGUUGUUUGGGCACGAUCUAGUGUUUGACCCACCUGUGCUGUCAUUUGCGAAGUCGGCGGAAGCUUCCUUCCGGGUGACGGGGCGCUCUUUUGGACUGAAAACGAUGUCUAUGCUGCGGUCAAGUCCGAAUGCCCUACUAUAUACUGGCCUAGCCCAGAGUUAUACCAUAGCGGUGGAGCGUGCUUUCAUGCGCAACACCUUUCAGGUGGCAUUUUUGGAUCACAAUGGGGCCAAGCGUAAAUAUAUGUUCAGUGUCACUGACCCUGUUGUUCGUCACGAGUGGGCACUUUCGCUCAAACGGGAAAUUGAUGCCUCUGUCGCAGCCAGUGAUCAUCCCUACGGCAUAAGCUGGCAGUCCCCGCAGACAGCCCGCUUUUAUAAAGCAUCGUACAACAUGUCAUUCAAGGUGUUGCAAGAUACCUUACUCAAGCCAUCCGCUUUCCUGGGCAAUACCAAUCCCUUUCCUUCUAAAGUUGACCAUGCACUCGCGCGCCUCACCUCAUCCGGCCUUCUUACCCGCGACCAAUCCAAAACCUCUGUUCGAGUCGGUGUGAACCGUCCUUCGGAACCAGUGCGCUCGAAAUCUCGGAGCAAGAUGUAUUACCAUCGCCAUGGGCCCGGAAAGAUGGACUUCCCUCUCGAGAGCAGCGAUGAUGGCGGAGAUGAUCCUGACACGCAACUCAGAUCGGAUGAUCAAUACUGGUCAGGAAAAGAUUUAGCGAUGUUCUGCAAGCAAAAUAGUUCUAUCGCCCUUUUGCUGGCAUACCUACAAGUCAGCACACCACCAGAUGCUAACGGCUCACAAUGACAGUCCUGUUUCGUGUCUCGUGCUUAUUCUCGGUCCUCCCUUCUGAAAUCUACUCUCUAUAUCUCACGCAUCCCAUUCAUGUACAUUCCAUAGUUCUGCUAUUCCAUUCUACACAUCACUAUUACUAUAUCGUCCAAUAUCAUUACCGCAUCUUCCCGUCCUUAGGUCACAUUUGAAUUCAUGAUACAUCCUGGAAGGAAAGCGGCAGACUAAGCUCGAACAUUGUAUGCAAAAGAUCAAAUCCUGAUGCUACUAUUGUUGCAUACCAG